CGCAGUGUGUACCGCCCUAUACCGCCUUACUCACGCAACCUCCAAAUAUAUUGCGUAGCACCUUGGUAUCAGAACGGAAGAUAGUCGAGGCUAGGUGAAUAUAUCCGGGAUGAGGGCAAGUUUUGCCUUGUCGACAACAUUCGCGGCGGCCCUCUCUAUAGUAGGGACCAAGGCGGCGUCCCCUCCUGUGACAGUCUCUCUUCGAUCUUCAUGGCCAUCACCACCAUUCUUGUUGGAAGCUAUUGAAACGAUAGCCCUUGAAGAGCCGGAUGCCUUUUUCCCUCUUCUAGAUGUGCUCACUAACCCCGAAACACUGUCCUCUCGGGAGCCUUUGCGACCAGAAGCUUUGCAUCAACUCGCGCUGCAAGCUGCGCUUUCUCUAAAUUUCUUGUCCAAACACGGAGCUCUUACCUCGGUCGAGAUGCAGUUUGCCCUGCACGCCGCUACCCCUAAAAUAGAGGCUUUCUACCAGCACUAUCUUGACACGGCGGCUUCGUUCGCGGAAUCUAGAAAUCGAGACGAAUGCGAGUCAUGGGUAGACUGGUAUGGAGAAGUAGUCUGUGAUAUGGAAAGGCUUGUUCAUCUUGCUGGACCCGAGACAAUAGACCCGAUCAACGCGACUUCACAAUCCUCAGACUCGUUCGUGAGACCCAGGACCCUUCCAUUUGAUCACAUCUAUCCGCUGCCCGCUGAGAUUUUAGAUCGUCCAUCUAGAACGGCCAUCUUCUAUGCUUCCAUUGACUCGUCAAAUUUCCGCGAACUUCACUUAUGUCUUCUGCGCUUGUCGAGCGGCCCAGCACCAAGGCUUGAAUAUAUCUUUAGACCCAUCCCUCCGGCAGCUGGAACUAAAGAGAAGACCUAUAUCUCCGGCUACGGUGUCACUCUCGAUCUUAAGAAAAUGGACUACCUCGCACUAGAUGAUCGGCAUUCAAAUAGUAGAGAUACACAUGAUGAUGAGACUAUCGAGAAGGUGGAAUCUCCUGCUGUGAAUAUUGACCCUAUCGUGUCGCUCCUUAGCCACCAUCCGCUCAACACCACGCUGGACGCGAGCGAGCCUUUGACAGAGGAGGAGUUGAUGGAGAUUGGCAUACAGGCUACUCAGCUCAUUCACGAGUCCUCGACGCCCUUUGAGACUCUCAAGCAACUCGCGCAGGACUUUCCGAGAUACGCUUCGUCGCUCGCGCGACGGGUUGUUGUAAACUCGGAUUUGAGAGAUGAGGUAUCUAGAAAUUCGAUGAAGGCUCAACCGGGUGUUAGCGCAGUAUGGUUCAACGGUGCCACUGUGUCAGAAAAUAGUAUGAAUCCUUUCGGUCUUCUCAAGCUCAUUCGCAAGGAGCGAGACAUCAUGUCAUCUUUGUCGUCCCUUGGCAUCGAACCUAGCCAGGCCCUGGACCUUAUCACACACCCUGCCAUCCAAGCUGCUCAUGGGAGCUCUGGAAGUCUUUUGGACGGCGUCUUUGACGCGAGUGACCGGCUUGAAGAUGGCGGUCUUAUUGUAUGGUGGAAUGAUAUCGAAAAGGACAGUCGAUACGCCCGAUGGCCGACUGGCAUCCAUGCACUCAUGCGCCCCACAUACCCCGGUCAAAUCCCCGUUACCCGGUUGAAUCUUUUCAACGUCGUUCUAGUCAUGGACCUUUCACAAUCUAGUAGCUUGUAUUAUAUUGCAGGCACGGUCGCCAACAUCAUCAAUCGGGCUUUUCCCGUCAGGUUCGGCAUCGUACCCUCGAUCGAAUCGGAAGGUGGCGCACGGAUGGCGAAGAUCUUCAAUUAUUUGGUCGACAACUAUGGUCGUGCGAGGACUAUGAUUUUCAUCAAAAAGGUGAUCGUACUCCAACUCCCUGCAAUCCCUCAAAUGACAUCGGAAACGGUCGACUGGGACCGAGUUCGUUUCGAAUUGGCCGACUUGAUCAAAGUGGAAGAACCGAAAGAAGGCGGAGUUGCUUUAGACUUUGACACCGUGGUGAAUGAUACACCGCAGGAAUUACAAGCAAAAGUCGAUAAGGCUCGUGCAUAUGCAAAGCGCUUGGGAGCAACCAUGGCUUCCUCUGCACAAGGGCACGCCUUCUUCAAUGGGAAGCAUUAUGACUUGGACGAUACAUUCGUACAAUCGCUCCAAAUGCAAUUUCCAAAAUACUUGCAAUAUCUGCAAGAACGUCUCUAUGAAGGCGCACUUGACCAAGUAGUGGACGUAUCAGCAUACUUCUAUGAUUUGCCUGGUUCACAUAAAAGCCGGAAUCGCCAUAUCUUCCCUUCCAGCAAUGCCGAUAGCCUUGAGAUUCAUAAUAUGGUCGAACUCACAGAGUCAGCUGGUUUGAACACACAGUCAACAAACUUUGUCUACCCACCGGAGGUUGAUUUGGUCCCCUUCACGACCUAUGUUGUAGCAGACCUUGACACCGAGAACGGUCUGUCUAUCGUUCAAGCGGCUCUGUCGUACGUGGUGAGUAUUGAUGGAACCUCUCGGGCACGCCUAUCCUUCAUACAUAACCCGAAGUCGUCCGAUGUAGGCGAAGGGCAAAGACGAGUAUCUGCACUUCUAUCGCAUCUUGUAUCUAAGGAGAAGCUGUGGACGGUUCAACCUACCCGCCUUCUGAAGGCUCUUGGUCUCAAGGAUGUUAUCACGACCAACGACCACGAGCAGAUUGUUUUGAGCCCAGACGCUGUUUUCCAGGACCUUAUAGGAGGCAUCGCGCUGAGUGACCUCGAUGCAUCUGAAUAUGAGGACUAUGUCCGAUCUUGUCGUAUGAUGGUCCGGUCACUUCGAUUGCGUCGCGGAGAGACGGCUUUGGUUGUGAAUGGCCGACUUGUGGGACCCAUGGGACCAGGCGAGUUUUCAACGGAAGAUUUCAAAGUUCUAGAGGAUUAUGAAUAUGUUAGACGUGUGGAGCCGGUGAUAUCGGCGUUGGGCGAUGUUCUUUCUGCAGAAAUCCAAUACGAUCGACAUACCUUCGCGCAAACGAUAUCUAUGAUAUCGCCUAUUAUUUCGAGCAUCCACAUCGCUGAUCCUUCUGAAGCAGGUCUACUCAAUCAGCCUGUGAUGACCCGCAACCAGAACUACAAGCUUAUGGAAAGCCAAUUCAGUGGCUUUGACUUCGGGAAUACUUCGACUGCGUUGUACCAAUUUGCUGUUGUCCUAGAUCCCUUGAGCGAACAGGCACAGAGAUAUACUAGUCUUUUUGAGUGGCUGUCCAGCUUCCCAUCCGUUCACGUGGCGUUCUACAUCAAUCCUGCCCAGUAUCACGAGCUCCCUUUGAAACGCUUUUACCGGUAUAACCUUCGACAAUCCUUGACAUUUGACGAGAGCGGGCAAGAGAUUCCCUCCAACGUACAAUUUUCUGGUCUUCCCAUAGAUCCUAUCUAUACACUUGGGUUGGAUGAGCCAUCUUCAUGGCUUGUGCGUCCUAGAGAAGCUCUGUACGACCUCGACAACAUUCAGCUUGGCGCCCUCUCUGGAGAUGAACGUCAGCGAGGUGUCGAAGUCAUCUAUGAACUCGAUUAUUUGAUUGUUGGAGGGCAUGCCAGGGACACAUUCACAAACGCUCCUCCACGCGGAGUGCAGCUUCAGCUGUCGACAACCAACUUGGAGUGUAUACCUAUAGACGAUACCCUCGUUGUCGCCAAUCUAGGCUACCUUCAAUUCAAAGCGAAGCCGGGGGUUUACCGCCUGGAAAUCCGUGAAGGUCGCGGACGAGACAUCUUUUCGAUCGAGAGCGUGGGGAAUGAUGGGUGGGAUAGUCCUACGGUAGAGGAAGUUGGAGAUGAGAUCACCCUGACCAGCUUCGAAGGACUAACUUUGUAUCCUCGUCUGACUCGACUGCCUGGUAUGGAGCAGGAAGAAGUCCUUAACGUGGUAGAAGAGGAGAAAGAGCCAACGAAUAUCAUUGAUACUGUCAUUUCACAUGUACAUUCUUUUUUCCAUCCGAAAGACUUGACGGACGUCAAACCUGCUUCUCCUCAUGGUGAUAUCAACAUCUUUACUGUCGCAUCUGGACUGUUGUAUGAACGGUUUGCCUCCAUCAUGAUUCUUAGCGUUCUUCGCAAUACCAAGCAUAGCGUCAAAUUCUGGUUCAUUGAGAAUUUCCUCUCACCUUCUUUCCUCGAAUUCAUUCCCCACUUCGCGGGGGAGUAUGGAUUCAAGUACGAGUUGGUCACGUACAAAUGGCCUACAUGGCUUCGUCAACAACGAGAGAAACAGCGAAUUAUAUGGGCAUAUAAAAUUCUCUUUCUAGACGUGCUCUUCCCUAUGGACCUUGACAAGGUCAUAUUUGUGGACGCAGAUCAAAUCGUUCGUACUGAUCUGAAAGAGCUGGUUGAUCUGGACUUGCAUGGAGCGCCAUAUGGAUAUACGCCGAUGGGUGAUGAUAAUCACGACAUGGAAGGCUUCCGCUUCUGGAAAACGGGAUAUUGGGAGAAUUUCUUGCGUGGUCGGCCCUACCAUAUCAGUGCUCUCUAUGUCGUUGAUCUUGUGCGAUUCCGCCAGAUGGCUGCAGGGGAUAUUCUUCGCUCCCACUACCAACAACUUUCGGCAGACCCUAACUCGCUAGCAAAUCUUGAUCAAGACCUUCCAAACAAUCUGCAGAUGCAAGUUCCGAUCUAUUCACUGCACGAAGACUGGCUAUGGUGUGAAACAUGGUGCAGCAAAGAUCGACUUCAUCGCGCGAAAACCAUUGACUUGUGUCAAAAUCCCCUUACGAAAGAACCUAAGCUCUCUCGCGCACGACAAAUACCAGAGUGGGAAGAAUACGAUACAGAGAUCGCUAAAUUCGCUCGGCUGCUCGCAGAAGAUGGGCGGAUACAUUCGAGUGCAGCGACAGCUGAUGUAAACGCCCUUGCAAGGGCGGGGUCCACCCCAGCUGUUGGAGAUGUAGGCUUGGAGGAUGAGACUUCGCGAAUCCCUAUUCGGGAUGAACUUUGAAAACUCCUUAGGGUGUAAAAAUCUUGGACAUUAGAUGCUCUUAUUUAUAUUUCGAAGUUCAUGGAUUUUUGCACUG